CGUUAUAACACAUUCGUGGCAGUCAUGUACUGUGCCUUCAUUUUCCCACGAAGAAGAAUGCUGUUGAACCUCGUGAAGCGGGAAGUGACAUCUUGCUUGCCAACAUGGACUGGGGUCAAAGUGAGCUGCUGUCUCCAGUGGUCCGAGAUGACUUGGUGACGGUUGCUGCCCGUCGGAUGAAGAAGGUGGCGUUCCCCUCACCCGAAAUGGGCAAUCCCAGUGCUUCCUUGGUAACGCCGGCCCGCUCCACUCUGAGGAAAACGCCUGCCUCACUCUUCAGACAAGCUGGGACUCCCCGGGUUCCAGAUGUUUCCGCCAUUUUGGCUCACGCGGGCCGAACCCCUCGCUUCGUGCACACGCCGAGAAACACACUCGGCAGUCUGAAUUUGGACGACAGCGACUGGACCAACAGCAUGUACGCGUCGCCCACGACGGGUUUGGAGAACACCAGCUUCUUCACGGAGGACAUCACCCACCUCGCCUCGGCCCUGCUCAAGGACGACGACCCCGGAGAGGCUGCGGCAACCAGUCUUUUCCCAGAUUUCCUGGCGUCCUUUUUGAAACACUCCUCCUCUGCCGUAUUCGAACUGCUGGAGGAUUACCAGACCCUCUGUCAGGACAAGGUGGACGUCCUCCAGUCGGUGGUGCUGCGAGCAGGUCAGAACAGUAAGACGGCAGGAGUGCGCUGGCUACUGCAGCAGGAGAACCACUCCUGGAGACUCAUCUCGUCCCUGUACAGGGAUCGCAUCCAAUUGGCCCUGGAAGACGACAUGAUGGUCGACGUGGCUAUUCCCAGUGAAAGCGAAAAGGUGGUGGUGGAGCAGCUCUUCCAGCGCGAUGCGCUCGUACGUCAAAGUCAGUUGGUCGUGGAUUGGCUGGAAAGCAUCGCCAAGGAUCAGAUGGGAGACUUUUCGGACAACAUUGAAUACUACGCCAAAAGUGUCUGCUGGGAGAACACGCUGCACUCACUGAAGCUGAGGCGCAAGAGCGGCAACAUCUUCACCGUCCCCCUAGUCACUGAGCUGGACCCGGAUGCCCCGCUCCGCCAACAGCAACCCCUGGCCGACCUGGACCGGGAAGACGACGUCCGUCUGUUGAAGAACCUGUUCACGCUCAUUCGGGCCGGGAUGACCGAGGAGGCCCAGAGGCUGUGCACACGCUGCGGUCAGGCCUGGCGAGCAGCCACUCUGGAGGGCUGGAAGCUCUACCACGAUCCCAACAUGAACUCAGGCAGCGCCGAGUUGCACCCUGUUGAAGGAAACCCUCAAAGAGGCAUCUGGAAGGCCUGCAGCUGGAGAAUGGCUGAGGAGGAGCAGCUAAACAGAUACGAGCGAGCCAUCUAUGCCAGCCUGAGUGGAAAUCUUAAACCGGUGCUGGCUGUGUGUGAAUCGUGGGAGGACUGUGUGUGGGCGUACUUCAGGGUGAUGGUGGACACACUGGUGGAAAAGCAUCUGAUGUCAUCGGGGAUGGCGCACCAGGAAGUGGAGACGCUGCCACGGGAAUACCUGGAAGCCAACUGGACAAUGGAGAAGGUGUUUGAGGAGCUCCAAGCGUCAGAGUCAAAGAGGGUGUUGGAGGAGACACAAGAGCACUACCACGUCAUUCAGAAGUUUAUCAUCCUGGGAGACCUGGAUGGUCUUCUGGAGGAGUUUUGUGAUUGGCUGACGGCCUCCAAGGUGCUCCCCUCGCACCUGCUGCGUUUCAUGAGUCACCUGCUGCUCUUUUUCCGCUCUGUGGGUUUGGCCCUGAAGGAGGACGUCUGCGUGGAUGUGCUGAAGGCGUACGUGACCCUGCUCAUCCGGGACCAGCAGACGGAGCUCGUGGCGAGCUACGUCAGCCAGCUGCCGGCCGACCUGGCCACCGCGCAGUACGCCGCUUUCCUCGAGACGGUCAGCCAGCCGGAGCUCCGUCCUCGCUGCUUGCAGCUCGCCACGGAGGCCGGUUUGGACGUGGCUGCUGUGACCAAACUGGUGGUGGAGACGGUGCGAGAGAGAGAUGACGCCGAGUUCACGCCUCAUAGCCAGACGCUAGAGACGGGAACCACAAAGGAGGACCAAAAGAAGAUCGACGUCAUCGACUGGCUUCUGUUUGAGCCGGCCCAUCGAGGGGAAGCCCUGAAGCAGUCCAACGCAAUCAUGAGGAGAUUCCUGGCUCUGGAGAAACACGACGCGGCCAAGGCGGUCUUCUCCAAAGUGCCUGAGGAUUCCAUGAGAGAAAUCUACUGCCAGUGGUCGGCGCUAGGCCAGACCUCGCCUCUGCCUGCUGAGGAUGAGAACGCCAUCAGAGAGCAUCUGUGCAUCAGAGCCUACCUGGAAGCCCACGAAGCCUUCUCCGACUGGUUCAGUCACAGUAGCUCGGCCCCCCCGAAGCCAACACCUGCACCGGAAGUGAAAUUCACAGAGCGAGUAGCCAAUGAGAUGAGAGAAAAAGAGUACCAGGUCGCGCUGUCGGCCUGGUCGAGCCGCCUCGAUGUCCUGACUGAAGACGUGAAGGAGAGAAUCUACAACGUGCUGCUGUUUGUCGAUGGGGGCUGGAUGGCGGACAACGCACAGGACUCGGAGCAGGAUGCGGAGCGCAGCCACCAAAUGUCAGCGCUGCGCUCGCUUUGUCUGCCUCGCCUCAGCUUCCUGCUGCUCAGCGUGCUGCAGAGCUCGUCCAGACACCAAGAGGCGCUGCGGCUCGCCGACAUCAUCUCCUCCGACCAUCAUCGCCUCUACCAGGUGUUUUCGAAAGAGGAGCUGAGACGCUUCCUCCUGAAAUUGAGGGAGUCGUCCCUCGCGCUGUUGGACCAGGGACUUGACCCGCUCGGCUAUGAGUUGCAGCAAUGAGCGCCCCUGGAUGAUGUGCAUUUGUGUCUGUUUUCUAAAUAAAUAAAAAGAUGUUUUCUGCAU